CCGGCAGUAAGUCUUCUGGAAGGGGGUUCAUAAGUCCCAAAUGGUCCCCUCCUCCAGUGCUUGUCAUGCGACUUCAUCACGAUCCCCGCGAGCACAAAGAUGUCAACCUUGCGCAUGGCAGUGCACCUACUGUUAAGACACCAUUCACUACGACAGAAAUGACACUGUCUGCCGCAUCGGAAAAAUUGAAGAACGUGAACUCCUCAACAGCUCCCAAAAUUCCUUUCUCCUUCCCUACAUUGUUGCAAUUAGAUCGGUACUUAGAAGAAAAUAGUGCAAAGACAAUGGCUUCUGUCAAUCAAAUGAAGGAACUCAAAAUGGCAGGCGAAGAUCUCAGGGAACAGCUGCGGACUUUGGAAACUCGAAACGGAAAGGAAACGCUUCCUCCACUCCGGAACACCUUGCGCUACAUUCAGGAGGUGGCGUCGGCGGAUACACCAGAACGAAAGGAGGCUCAUCAGGUGGCAGCUAGGAAACUUAGCACACUUAUUGCCAAGAUCGAACGGCAUAUCAACUCUACCAAAUCUAAAAUCGGGGUCAAUUCUGCAGAGUACGAAGCACUGGCAAUCAGCUUUGCUUCAGAACCUGCCAGACACCCAUAUAAGUUAAGAGCUGUCUUGAUGCAUGAUGGUCUCUACGGACCCAAGAACAUGUACGCUUACCUAUUCACUAAUGGUAACUGGUACAAGAGUGUCUGGGACGAAGUAACUAUGGUCACGGAAGACACUGUCAUCGGAGACAAGGCGGGGCUCUAUCUCAACUCAGGGCCAUAUAUGCUCAUCUACAGUAGAGAUGACCCAGUGCCUGCACCGUUUCCCGACUCUGAGGGACCAGUUGCGCCAUAUUGGUCCGACCAUCAUCUGAGAACUGUGAAGGAUGAUAAUGCCGCGCUCAGAUCACGAUUAUAUGGGCGGAAUCAGAACGUUUGGUGGGACGUGCCGAGAAUGCCAGAAGAAGAGUUUUGGGCUAGCGGAGACCUGGAAGGAAUUGAUAGUCUGUCCUCAUGGACACCAGAACUCACAACGGAGAGUGCGAAUGCGGAGGAAAAACCGGCUAUUUUCAAUACGAAGCACUUGUCAUCGUGGGACCAAGCCCCCGAUAUUGCGGUAUCGCAGCGUGGAGAUGUGAGCAGCGCAAUGGUCACUCGGGACAACACUCCAGCACCAUCACCCCAGGUUUCAGACACCGAAAUGGAUGAUAUGACCAAUCAGAUAAACGACCACCCCAAUUAAUUCAGUCAUUGGUGUAAUCUACAGCUCCAUCAAGUAGCCCUGAAUCCACAACGAUCGUGCAAGGAGGGGGGAACCCUAGAUUCUCGGCCUUCUGAAGGGCCAGAAGUUGUCGCGAAUGCAAUAUAUAUCCUUUCACAUAGCCCU